AUGCCUUCUUCGACCACCAUUUACGCCGAGGCUAAGACAGGCGUGUUCUGGGACGUAGAGGAUUGUCCAAUCCUCAAUGGUCUCGAUCCUGCUUCAAUUUCUCAGAACAUCAAAUCAGCACUCGCGAAUCAGGGUUAUCGUGGUGAGAUUGAAAUCAAGGCUUACAAAGAGAAGAAGACGAUCAGAAAUGACUUUCAACUCGCCGGAAUCAACUUGAUAAUCGCAGGAGAUAGACAUGGUAGGUUUAAAGCCAUGUUUGAGCAGAUGCGUUUCUGGAUGAUAGAGAAUCGUGCAUCAAAUGUGUUGAUUAUCUCACGAGACAAGACUGAUCACACCCCUUAUCUCCAGAAUUGGACUGCGAGAAAUUACAACAUUCUCUUUGCAGAGCCUGAAAACCCACCGGAGAAAUGUUGCAACUGCAGAGCUCCUUUGGACAAGGACAAGCCUCUUGAGCCGAUCAUCGGAAGUGCAGAAUGCGAAAGCAAGUGCGGAACUGAGCCGAACAUUGAAAAUGAAGAUUGGGUUUGGACGAGCCUCGCAAUGGGAGGAGGCCCUCUCACCAAAACCAAAAAGUAA